AUGGCGUCUCGUCCACUCAUGCUCACAGUGCUUCUCCUCGCAGCGGCUUUGUCGCCGGCCGUCAAUCUUGCGGUCGCUCAACCCUCUAACGGCACGGUUCAAAUUCCAGGCGUUACCAUCGGUCCAGACGGUUCGGUGAGCGGUGACGGUUAUUCAACCGACGCGGGGGACGGAAGCGUGACGGUAGACGGCACGACGUUCUUCCCCAACGGCACGAUCGUGAACAGUGACGGUCAGGCGAUCACCCCGACGACGAACGCGGACGGAUCUGUGUCUGCCGGCGGUUUCACCGUCUAUCCGAACGGGACCGUCAGUUCUGACGGGACAACCGUCAAUCCUGGCGGCGGGAUUACGCUACCCGGCGGGGUCAACAUCAGUACCGGCGGCGCCGGCGGGAUUCAGACGCCAGGAUUCUCGGUGAAUCCUGACGGAACCGUGACCGUUAAUCAAGCCGCUCCGCCCGCACCCAAGCCUGCUGGAUCCCUCACAUCUCCUGCGAGCAUAGCGACUGGCCUCCUCGCCGUCUUGCUCGCCGCUCUCCUCUUCUGCGCAUAA